CGGAACAAGUAUUAUCGCAAGUGCACCGAAGGGACAGUUGUUGCAGUUACACCAGACAAAUUCCGGAUGAAUCUAUAAUCUGUAAAACAUGUAUGACAGUACUAAUUUGAAUUUAUAGGCAUAUUAUAUGAGGUUAAACCCUAAAUGCUUGCUCGUUAGUUACAAAUAGUCGAAAUGGAUAAAUCGGUCGAAGAAGCGGAAUUGGAGGCAAUUGACUGGGGAGGAAGUGGAGCUGAAGAGGGAAAGAUUUUAAAGAUGACCAAUACCUUAUCAAAGAAUGUCCACACCGGCCUUCCUAGUCCACUUCCAGAUCCUGUGAAAUGUUCUUUGAUUAAAGGAGACUAUCUUUACUUCCAUUAUGGAUGUGAUGGACACGAUGACAGAGGCUGGGGUUGUGGCUACCGCACCAUCCAGACAAUGGCUUCCUGGCUCUGCCAGAACUGCUUUCCACUUCAGGACAGACCUAGAUCUCCACCAAGUCUCCCAGAAAUCCAGCAAGCCUUAGUUUCUAUGGGGGACAAACCAGGCUCGUUCUCGUGCUCCAGGGAGUGGAUAGGAACAUUUGAAGCCUCCCUGGUCCUUGACUAUUUCUAUGAUGUCCCCUGUAAAGUGGUACAUGUUAGAGGUGGAGGGGCCGAGCUGGAGCAUGUUGCAGUAGAAGAGCUCCAUCAGCACUUUGAGAAGCAUGGGUCUCCAGUCAUGAUGGGAGGGGACAGGGACAACUCUUCUAAGGGGAUAUUAGGGGUAUGCACUGGGGACAAGGGGAGCUACCUGCUUGUCCUUGACCCUCACCACUAUGGAUGUCAGCUAGAGAAGACCGAGCUGCAGAGGCAGGGGUGGGUGGCGUGGAAAAGAGUGUCAUCACUGGAUCAGUCCUCGUUUUAUAACCUGUGUAUGCCUCAGACUGCCAAAAAGGGCAACACAAACUAAGUGACAGACAUAUUUCUGUUUAAAACUUACAAAUGAAUUCUUAUUUGUGAAGAUGGACUAUAGAAAGUGUCAGGCUUUGUACUGCAUUUUCAGCGCUUAUAAUUUAAAAUGAGCUGUGGUGCCAUCCUGUGGAUUAAAUCAAUAAUGACAAUGUAUUUUGAUGAAGCAAAUGAUAAAAUAACUUGAUCCAUUUCUUCUAUUGUUUUCUUAUUACAGUUCCUUUGGAUCUCUAAUCUUCUUGGACAUACAUUAAGAAUUUUUCCUCAAUGGGUUCUUUUGUAGUUUAAAAGUAAAAUCUUUCCAUGGUGGGACUAUGCAAAUUAAAGUAAAUUUUCCAGAAUUCUGGAUUAUGAAAUAGGACAUGAUUGUUGUAGUGUGAGUGGUUGUAGCACUUUACAAUAUCAAUAUUGUAAAUAUUUUAACAAUAAAAUAAAUUCACUUGUUCACUAUU